AUGCCCGCGGGUAUGGAGAAUAUCUUCGGUUCCCUACUUUCUGACCCAGAGAUGAUGGCAGCCAUGCAGGAUCCGGAAAUCCAAGCUGCCUUUUCGGAAGGGAUGUCAAAUCCUGCUGCCUUUGCCAAGGCCGCGAAAAAUCCAAAGUUCGCUAAUCUUAUGAAGAAAAUGCAAGAAAAUAUGAAGGGCGCGGGUGGGUCCACUUUCGUUCCACCAGGUGGUCAUAUGCCGCCCACAAGUUCAGCAGGAGAUGGUAUGUAUUCUUCGAAAUCAACUUGUUAG